AUGAACGAGUUUGGAUCGAUGCAAUCUACACUUGGCUCAAGUUCAAACCAGUGUGAUCACUAUUAUCCAAUGAUCAGAUUACUUAAAUGGAAUGAAGUAUAUCGAGUUGAAUUCUACUUGGAUGAAGAGCAUCCCAUCCCACCUGACGCGAAGAGUCUAAUUAUCUCGGCAAACUUCAAGGGAGAGAUCAGAGCCGACUUGAUACCAGAAACCCUCACCACCCUCUACGUCGACUCCUCUCCAAGAUACAUCAAACCCAGCAUCCUUUUCCCAACACCCGAAGUUGUGAUGAAGGGUACGCCUGCCAGCAUGCCCAAUCCCAUGCCUCCAUCACUCACGAGACUGAUUGUCGGCGACUUCUUUGAUGGACCACUGCCCCCACUCCCCGCCAGCAUCACCCAUCUGAUACUUGGCGAGCGAUUUACUCAACGCAAAGUCCAACUUCCAUCAAGUCUCACCAGUCUCACAUUGGCAACAUUCAAUCAGAUCAAAUGCAUCAAUAUUACAAUGACAUUCAAGUGGCAGAGUGGUGGACCAUGGUCACUUCAGACGCGCAGCACGAAGACACAAUCACAAGAGUCAGGUGUAAACUGCGCCGAGUAA